AUGACCACACAAUACAAUGCUCAAAGCUGGUGUCAGAGGCAUGAUGCACCAGCGAGAACGAUCGCCAUGGCGGUAAAUGAUACAGCUGAGACCAGAGCAGCGUUUGCCUGGGCUCGUGCAAACCUCUUUCGAAAGCAGGAUUUGGUGAUCCUAGUCCAUGCAUAUGACCGCGAUACUGUUUUCGGGACCAAUGCAAAUAGAGAGCUUGGAGUGAAAGUUCUGCUGAAAUAUGAAAAUCUUUGCAAUGCUAAAGGAGUCAAUUAUCGCGUUGUCCUGGCUCAGGGGUCGCCCGAGGUCGUGAUUAGCGAGGCGACAAAGACAAACAGUUGUGACAUGUGUGUGAUCGGGAGUCGUGGAUUGAACACCUUCAAAAGGGCUGUGCUCGGAUCGGUCAGCUCUAAAGUUGCUCAGCUCUGUACUUGCCCCGUGAUGGUCAUCAAGAAGCCUAAGGACGAAGCUGGCGCAUUCCUGACUGUUUUGCCAAGGCGGGUUUUCUUUCACGUCGAGUGCACAAAUGCUUCAAAAUUGGCGUUUGAUUGGGCAGCCUCCAAGUUACUGUGCAGGGAUAUAGAUGAGGUGUAUCUGGUCAUCACCACGAAGGCAGUGAGGAAAUCGUUGAUCCUACGCCCAAGAAGCACCAGCUCCUUGCAAGAGGACGAGCUUGCCAGAAUUGAAGUGGAGAUCCUUUCGGAUGUGUUCGAGAAGAAAUGCAACGAGCUGGGUAUCAAGAGCGUCAAGCGCUUGAGGGCUACGGGCCCGGUAGCAGAAUCUUUGAUGAAGGUGGCGAUGGAAAAUUGCUGUGAUGUACUGGUUGCUGGUCGUGAUCUGAGCAAGAAGGCUGAAGAUCCAGCUCUUUAUGCCGUCCACAACGCUUCGUUCGCGGUGAUUUCAUUGGGCACGAACGCAGAAUCAAGACCUGUUUCGGUCCCUGCGAAUUUUGCAGACUAUGCAAGCGGAGAGCGAACUGAGGAACUCCAUUCUGCAGAAUGCCUCUUCUCUCAUGUGGACGAGGAUUACGAACCGUUGAACAAGACGUUCAAUGAGAGCUCUGCGAUGCCUGCACCGUUGGGCUCAUUUGAGCGCAUGCCUAUUGAGGAUGGACCAGACGACAUGCCAGUCUUCCAUCCGUCUAACACCGAGGAUAUGCCAGCAGGAGUUCAGUCUGAAAAUUUCGUUUCUUCCCUCCCUUCACUUGAAAAUUUGCUGAACAACCUGGAGACUAUUGACGAUAUGCCAAGGUCAAGAAGGUUUGAGGAGGAGCCGGUCACAAAGUCUUCUCAGCCUCUGGGGCUCAAGAGGAUCACAACGAGAUCGCUUCUCAGGUCAGACUCAGGAAGUGACAUUCUCUCGGAAUCACCUUGCAAGAGUGACAUCGUCGACGAGCCCUGGAUGGGCCAUGGUCACUUCUCUUCUGGAGAACCCGUGACCGCAUCAUAG